AUGGACAUGUAUGCAGUGCCCAGUACGGGGAUCCUGGGCUGUCCGCCGGGGCUGGAGUACCUCACCACGGUGGACCAGCUUCUGAUUAAACAGAAAGUGGAAGCAGUUGAAGCGCUGGUGGGCUUCGAGAGCAAUAAUAAGUAUGAAGUGCGUAACUCCAUGGGUCAGAAUGUGUUCUAUGCGGUGGAGGAGAACGACUGCCUGAGCCGACAGUGCUGUGGGCCCAUGCGCUCCUUCACCAUCCACGUCCUGGACAACUACGGCCAAGAGAUCAUCACUGUGGUGAGGCCGCUCCGGUGCAUGUCCUGCUUCUUCCCCUGCUGUCUGCAAGAGAUAGAGGUGCAGGCGCCUCCUGGGAACACUGUGGGGUAUGUCACACAGCAGUGGCAUCCAAUCUCUCCCAAAUUCACAGUUGAGAAUGAACUUAAAGAGCCUGUGCUGAAAAUCAACGGGCCCUUCUGUGGAUGGAGCUGCCUUCCAGAUGUGGAUUUUGAGAUCAUAACAAUGGAUGACAUUAGUAAAAUUGGAAAGAUCAGCAAACAGUGGUCAGGACUUCUUCGAGAAGCGUUUACAGAUGCAGACAACUUUGGUAUUCAGUUUCCCAUGGACCUCGACGUCAGGAUGAAAGCUGUGAUGAUCGGUGCCUGUUUUCUUAUCGAUUUUAUGUUCUUUGAGUCGAGCAACUGA